UUGCAAUUGACUAGCCAAGACCCUGACAAUCACCAUUUUCACAUACUUCCUUUACCAGAGAAACAAUUGUAUUUCCCCCUUUUUCCUAUAGAAAGAUGACUGAGUUUUCCCUCAACAUUGCUGAAAAUGUUGUGGAGAAGUUAGGCUCCUUGGAGUAUGAGGAAACUUCAUUGGCAUGUUGCAAUGAAGAUGAGCUAAAGAAGCUUAAGCACAGCAUGCUAGUCAUUAAAGAUGUGCUCAUAGACGCCGAGGAGAAGCGGUCAAAUUCACCAGAGCUAAGACUUUGGCUCAAGCAGCUAAACCAUGUCUUCUAUGAUGCAGAGGAUGUCCUUGAUGAACUCGAGGUUGAAAAUUUGAGGAGGCAAGUCAUUGAUCGAGGGAACUUCUACACAAGAAAGGUACUUCGAUGCUUUUCAUCUUCUAACCCUCUUAUAUUCCGCUCAACUAUUGGCCGAAAGUUAAAGCGGAUAAACGAAGGGUUAGAUGCAAUUGCAGCUGGUAAUGUUAAGUGUCGGCUCACUGAACGUGCUGAAGAGAGGCGCCCUCUUAACAGGGAGAGGGGAACUCACUCCUUUGUUCAUUCUGCUGGCAUAAUUGGAAGAGACGAAGACAAAGAAAAGAUCAUUCAACUUUUAUUGCACCCUAGUGAUGAGGAAAACAUUUCAGUGCUUCCCAUAGUUGGCAUUGGAGGUAUGGGGAAGACAACACUUGCUAAAAUGGCUUACAAUGAUGAAAGGGUGGUUAAGCAUUUCCAGUUCAAAAUGUGGGUUUACGUCUCCAGAGACUCUGACAAGAAAAGGUUGAUGGAGAAGUUAAUUAUUUCUGCAACUGGUGGGGUAGGAAUUGGUGAAGACAAUGGCAGCAUGGAAGUGGAAGAAUUGCAAACACUCUUGCGAGAAUCUAUAAGAGAUAAGAAGUAUUUUCUUGUGUUGGAUGACUUGUGGAAUGAUAACCUUGCACGAUGGGAAGAAUUGAAAGAUCUUUUGAGGGUAGGUGCAAGAGGAAGUAUGAUCAUGGUGACUACACGCAGCAACCAGGUUGCUUCCAUGAUAGGCACUGCCCCCAAGUAUGUUCAUAACUUACAAGGUGUUCGUUACGAUGAAUGCUUGUCCUUGUUUGUUAAGUACGCAUUCAAGGAAGGACAGGACAAACAAUAUCCGAAUUUGCUAAGAAUUGGAGAAGAGAUUGUGAAGAAAUGUGGAGAGGUUCCUUUGGCUGUGAGGACUCUAGCAGGACAACUCUUUCUGAAUACUGAUGAACGAGAUUGGAAUCUGAUAAGAGAUAGCAGGCUAUGGAAAGUGGAGCAAAAGGAGGAUGAUAUUUUGCCUGCUUUAAGGGUAAGUUAUGAACAGUUGCCUUCGUGCUUGAAAAGGUGCUUUGCUUAUUGCUCGUUGUUUCCGAAGAAUUACGAGUACAAUGAUUAUGAGUUAAUUCAGUUCUGGAUGGCACAUGGACUACUUCAAUCCUCAGAUGGAGAAUCAGAAUUGGAAGACAUUGGCUCUAUUUACUUGAAGGAGCUGGAGUACGGAUGUUUUCUUCAAGAUUUUAGAGAUUUGUAUGGAUCUCUUCAGUUUGGAAUGCUUGAUGUCAUGCAUGAUCUUGCAUUAUCAGUGGCACAAGAUGAAUGUUUUGUAGUGACUGCAAAUAGCAAAAGAAUCGAAAAAAGUGUCCAGCAUAUAUCCAUUCCAGAUCCUGACUCAGUUCGCCAAGAUUUUCCUAUGUUGUCGAAGGAGUUAGACCAGGUUCGAACUGUCUUCAUUCAUAGUGACAAGGAUGUGCUUGCUAGCAACUCAAUCCUUGAAACAUGUUUGUCGAGAUUCAAGUACUUGCGAGCAUUGAACUUGUCCAGGUCCCAGUUCAAAGAGCUGCCAAAGAAAAUUGGCAAAUUGAAGCAUUUAAGAUAUCUAGACUUAUCAUGGAAUCACAGAAUCAAAAGGCUGCCAAAUUCUAUCUGCAAGCUACAAAACUUGCAAACUCUGUUCCUUGGCGGAUGCGAUGAAAUUGAAGAGUUACCUAGAGGUAUGAGGUACAUGGAAAGCCUUAGAUUUCUGUGGCUAGCCACUAGACAGACUUCUUUGCCAAGAGAUGAAAUAGGGUGCUUGAAAUCUCUUCGGUUUUUGUGGAUAGCCACCUGUGAAAAUCUAGAACGCUUGUUUGAAGACAUGGAAAACCUGUCAGCCCUUCGAUCAUUGUAUAUUGUUACCUGUCCAAGCUUGAACUCCUUGCCACCAAGUAUAAAGUAUCUAACUUCAUUACAGGAUCUACAUAUUAGCGGUUGUGUAGCUCUUAAUUUCCCCAAUCAAGAAGCCUGUGAGUUUAAACUUAAAAAACUGGUAUUGUGCUUUUUAGAAGCAGUGGAAGAAUUGCCAGAGUGGCUUAUUAGAGGAUCUGCUGACACUUUAAAGAAUUUGAAACUUGAAUUUUGUCCAGCACUCCUUGAAUUGCCUGCCUGCCUGAAGACAUUUUCUGCCCUUCAAGAGCUCCGGAUUUUAGGCUGUCCUCGUUUGGCCGAAAGAUGCGACCGAGAAACUGGUGAUGAUUGGGAGAAGAUUGCUCGUAUCCCCAAAGUUAUUGUCGACAAUGUUGAUGUUAUAAAACAGACAUAAGCUUAGGUAUUGGUCUUUCUACUUUCUUGCUUUUCUCUACACAUGCACAUUAAUGAACCCUUAAGACUAUUCCAAGGUUUAUGUUCCAGGUGAAGUUUAAUUUUCCAAGGAUUAAACUAAAAAUGUUUGUUUUUCAACUUUGCUUGAAUAUCAAACUUCAGGAAUCAAUUUACUUU